AUGCGCGCGCUGCUGCUGGGCGCCUGCAACUGGACCACGCUGGGCGCGUGCGCGGCGCUCAAGCUGCCGCAGAUCUCGGCCGUGCUGGGGGCGCGCGGCGCGCGGGGCGUCAGCCUCCCCAGCCUGCUGCUGGAGCUCGCGGGGUUCCUGGUGUUUCUCCGGUACCAGUGUUACUACGAGUACCCGCUGCUGACCUACCUGGAGUACCCCAUCCUCAUCGCACAAGACAUCGUGCUCCUGCUCUGCAUCUUCCACUUCAACGGGAACGCGAAGGGGGCAGCACCCUACAUCGUCCUGUUUGCCGCGUCCUGGUUCCUCCUCGCCCUGCAGAAGUGGAUCCUCGACCUGGCCAUGAACUUCUGCACCGUCAUCAGCGCCGCCAGUAAGUUGGCCCAGCUCCAGUGCCUGUGGAGGACCCGGGACUCGGGCGCCGUCAGCGCCCUCACGUGGAUCCUCGCCUCCUACACCUGCGCCGCAAGAAUAAUAACGACUUUAAUGACCAGCAAUGACCUUACAAUUCUUAUACGUUUUGUGAUCAUGCUGGCUUUAAAUAUGUGGGUGACAGCUACAGUCCUUCGCUACCGGAAGGCCGCUGGAAAGGCCGAGUGACCCAUGCGUUGUUCCUGCAGACACAGCGGGUUUCUAUAAACUCAACCAAAGGCUGGGGGGAGGGGGCGGGGGGCUAAGCUAGUGGCUAAAUCAAGGUUUUAUAAAUCCAGUCAGUUGUUCCAGAAGCUUUGAACAGAAGUCUUUUAAACUUCAGCCAUUUGAACACUUGUCUACGGGUUCCCUCCCCUCCCCUCCGCCCACUUCGCGAGCUUAAGGCAGGGCCCAGGCAUCUGCGGCUUUGAGCAGGCUGCCGGCUGCUGGGCGUUACCUGGGAAGCCCAUUUUGAGAUUACUUUGACCUCUACUCUCACGGUCAUGACUACGUGCUCUCCAGAGAGUUGACUACAUCAGCAUUCAGGAUCUUUUAAGGAAUAAGUCCUCUGUGCAGCACAAAUGAACAUAAAUGGAGUGAAAUUUUGCUCCAAGUCACAAGAGUAUCUAAUAAAUUACUACGGCUCAUUGGGAUGUUUGGGGUAACCUUACUGUAUGGAACGCAGCCUCCUCAGGCUGGCGAGACCACCCGGGCAAGCAAAAAUGAAAUUGACUCGUCCUUCUACCACCAGUCCUUUACCUUUAUACUGUGUCUUUAAGGAGUUCCUAAUAAAAGGUACUCUCAGCUGUGAUCUCGACUUAGGAUCGCCAAUCCCGGGGUACUUCCUGAGGCAGGCACGAUGCCCCCCUUCUGAAAAGGAGCACCCUCUACAAUAACCAUUGUUGGAAUCUGGAACAAAAUACUGCUGACCUUGACUACUAAAAACAUAUGCAGUAAGGGGUAUUGCUAGGUUCUGCCAACUACUUAGAUUUUUACUAUAGAAUCUUACCCUAAACAUGUUAAGAUUAUUGUGUACUGUCUUCCCCUGUUGUUUAUAAACCCAACAAAACUUUCUUUUCAUAAACUCAAACUUUUUUCCAUUCUAAUCAAUGGUAUUAUCAUAUGCAGUAAAUGAUGCUUGUAGAAAGUGUUUCCUAUGCAAAAUAAAUUUUCAAAUUUUGAACU